AUGAAGCUGCUGACUGUCUUCCUACUGGCUGCUCUCCCCUUCUGCUGCUCUGCAGGUUCUGGCUGCCAACUUCUUGAGGAUUUAGUUAAGAAGACACUAGAUCUAGAUGUGUCUGUACCUGACUACAAAAAUGCGAUGCAGGACUUUACCGACGGUGAAAAGGACAAAAAUGCUGUUGAGGAAUUUAAACAAUGUUUUCUCAGCCAGUCAAAAGAAACUCUGACAAAUUUUGGAAACAUGAUGCAAAUCAUGUACAACAGCAAAUUCUGUUUCAACUUUUAA